GUCCUGAUUGGGGGUGGGGGGGGGGCCGCUGUGAAGCACAGCCCCCCACCCCCAUGGCCACCCGUAGGAGCCAGAGGCGGAAAGGGAGAAGGGGGGAGCUGGGCACCGCCCUGCUACCCACCCUGGUUCUGGCCCUGGGCCUCUCUCUUGCCUGUUUCGGCCUCCUGCUAGUGGUUAUCAGCUUGGGGACCCAGGCAUCCCCAUUCUCCCAGGACCCAGCCCAGCAAGAGAUGGUGGAGGAGAAGGAGGCUAAGGCAGUGAUGCAAAUGAUUUCCCAAAACCAGAAUCUAGCUCCUACCCUGAAGAGAAGAGUACGUCUUCCCCGUGCUGUAAAGGGUCAUAAAACUCGGACUCGAAAAGCGAAUGCAGCCCACUAUGAAGUUCGUGCAAAAGCAGGGCUGGACGGAGCUCAGGCUGGUCUGGAUGGGACAGUGAGUGGCUGGGAGGAGGCCAAGAUCAACAGCACCAAUCCACUCAGUUAUGAUGCCAAGAACGCAGAAUUUACAGUAAUGAGGGCUGGCCUCUACUACCUGUACUGUCAGGUACACUUUGAUGAGGGGAAGGCUGUAUACCUGAAGCUGGACUUGCUUGUGGAUGGUUCCUUGGCUCUGCGCUGCCUGGAAGAGUUCUCAGCCACAGCAGCCAGCUCCCCAGGCCCACAACUCAGGCUCUGCCAAGUGUCAGGGCUACUGCUCCUACGGCCAGGAGUCUCCCUGAAGAUCCGCACUCUCCCCUUGGCCCACCUCAAGGCUGCCCCCUUCCUUACCUACUUUGGACUCUUCCAAGUGCACCUUCCCCCAUACUCCUACCACUCAGUUCCAGUCCUGGAGCCCUCAACCUUCUAUCCUACCUUGCCUUCCUUGUGGAAGCAAUGUGUCCAAUUUUGGGGGCACCUGAGAAAUAGGACAAUAUCUUCUUUCCUCCUCCCUCUUUUUUCAAGUUCCCUUUUACUUUUCCCUUGCGUAACUUUCUUCCUCCUUUCUAUCUCUCCCCCCCACCUCCGCCACCCUCUGUUGUGUCACACAGCUGCUGGCAGGGUCCUCAGGCUAGUCAUGUCUCCCUCUUUGCUGUCUCCCAGGCCCCUCCCUGGGCAAAUAGGGGGUCCAAGCCGGGACCCGGCACUAUCGGUUUCCCUUUGGUUGAGUUGGGGGACAGCCCUGGGGGUGGCAGCCUGUAUGGUGGCACUACUAACCCAGCAAGCAGAACUCCAGACCCUGAGGAGAGAGGUGGCCCAGCUGAAAGGGAAUGGAGGGUCUCACCAGAGGGGAAAUAGGCAGCCCUUGCUGAUCCUCCACAAGCAGGGCACUGAUGCACUGGAAACUUUGAAGGAUGAGGAAAUGUUUAGAAAGAAGAGAGAAGUCCUCACCCAUGAACAUCAGCACAAGAGAAAACGUUCAGUUCUGCAUCUUAUUCCCAUUAACAGUACCUCCAGAGAGGAUUCUGAUGUGACAGAGAUAAUGUGGGAGCCAGCACUGAGGCAUGGUGGAGGUCUGGAACCACAAGGACAUGUUGUUGGAGUCCGGGAGACUGGAGUGUAUCUCCUGUACAGCCAGGUGCUGUUUCAUGAUGUAACUUUCACCAUGGGUCAGGUGGUAUAUCGGGAGGGGCAAGGAAGGGAGAUCCUAUCCCGAUGUGUCUGUAGCAUGCCCUCCAACCUCCACCAGGCCUAUAACAGCUGCUACACUGCAGGUGUGUUCCAGCUAUACCAAGGGGACACAUUGAGUCUCACAAUUCCUCGAGCAGGAGCCAAACUUGAUCUCACUCCCCAUGGCACUUUCCUGGGUUUGGUGAAACUUUGAGCAUAGAGAAAAGCGGUGAACAUAUACAUGCUCAAGAUAGCCAAAGGGUCGACUAGGCAGAGGGUUGGUACUUUAGAACAGAGAUUACUUCCUAAUUUUAACCUAAUUUUCUCCCCUGUCCUUUUUCCUUCUAUUCUUCCCUCUUUUCUCCCAACUCCUAUGGACAAACUUGGGGUGGAAGGAUAAUGGACCUGAUCUCCUUAUCACCUUCCAGACCCCAAUUCUUUAUGACAUCCUACUCUUCAACCUAGCUUGUACCACUGGAAUUCUUCCACAGCAGCAGUACCGCCUAGUGGCAGGUUAGGGACAUUACCUUCUCAUCCCACCUUAACUCCACAACACCUCACUCCAAAAUAUUAAAUAUAUUCCUAGUUUCCCAUGUUCCAUAAUUCCUGACUUCAGAGUCCAUUCCUUACACAUUUUGUAAUGCCUCAUUUUUCACCUUGUAUACCAUUCUUAGAUUUAUUCACUCCAUAUUUUAUCAUCCGUAUUACAAAAGAAUUUAUUAAGCAGUUAUACCCUUUGACCUCAGUUUUCUCAUCUGUAAAAUGGAAGGACUCAACUAGAUAAUCUCAAAGAUCUAAUUCUGUGAUCCUAAGAUUCUACUGGCAUAAAAUUAUACACCUGGCCAUGUCAGAGAAUUACAGACAUUAGAGCCAGAAGAUUUUUACAAAUAAGGAAACUUGAGUCCAAAGACGUUCAGGUAACUCAUGCGAACUCACACAGGCAUAUUAACUGGCCUCCCCCUUUAUCCUUCCAUAGCACAUUCCUUGCCUCAGAUACUUCAUUUAUUGUCUUUUUUGCUCUUCUGGCACGAUGCUCCAUCAUAUCCCUCAUGAGACUUUACCUCCUAUGUGAAGGCAACCGGGUAGCCUUCCUACCACAUCUAAACCUUGCCUGGCCCCCGCAGCCAUUCUCUCUCUCCUUUUCUGUUUAUCCGUCUCGCAGCCUGAAUAUGAAUCAAAUAAAAGUGAAUGUAGCAGUCUGCUCCGAUUGUUUCUCCAAAUGCAUCACGUGCUUCCUAAUCUCCCCCAACCCAACCAACGGCAUCGUCCUUAAUUAUCUCCUAAACACGGUACUUUCUGUCCCUAUAUCCCAUUAACUCAGCCCCGCCACAAGGCGUUCUGUUCACUGUGCCUUAUUAGAGUGCUUUACACACGGUCACGUUAUCUCAUUCGCCUCAUCCCUCAAGCCGUCCUAGGCACGCUUCACAAAACCACUCAAUGUCAA